AUGUACAGCAUAUUCCUGGGCUUGGGGUCGUGGAGCGUGUGGCAAAUCGACAACAACCAACCAGAUGUUCAGCAGAACAUCAACCUGUUACCGGCCGCGACCAUUCGGACCGAAAGCAGGGACACGGUGAUCGUGUUCGACACGUACUUCGACAGUCUCGGACUGUACACCGAAGAACUGAAGUACUCUCAGGCCGGUAAGGUCGCUUUUUGUCACCUCAAACACGUGUCCUGUCGUGUCGUGUCGUCUCGUUCUAUUGACUUGUGA